UCUCUUCCUCUCUCCACCCACCGGGUACUCCUUCAGCGCCGUCGACCGCCGGUCAGUCAAAGCCAGGGUCCGACGGUGUGGGGUAGACACAGCAGCGGCGCACAGCAUUUCAACAUGAAGGUGGUGCUGGUGCUUUUGGCUCUUGCGUCGGUCGCUGUGGCUGCACCUCAGUCCUACAACCGUCGGCGCGGGACCAACGCCUCGGGCGGCGUCGUCGGCGGACCCGGGGUCACCAGCGUCAACGCACAGGUCACCAAUGCUAACUCCAACCGACCGGGCACAGUCUCCUUCAACGGCGGCUUGGCUUUGGCCUCCAGCCAGCAGGUGAACGGCUUCGGCAGCAACAUUGGCAUCAACCAAGCGCAGGCUAUUAGCCAGAACAUCGCCAUCCCCGUGCCUGGCUUUAGCAGCGGCUUCAAUAGCAACCGCUUCAACAACCGCAGAUACGGUUAGACACCCGGCGGCGGAAGCUGUUGGGUCUGGACGAGUGAGCGCCACCAGCUCACACCCCGGCCGGCGCUGCGCGGCUGCCAUCUAUCUCAACUGCUGAUUACAACGGACGCAUACUGGCAAUCACACGCUGAUUUGAAUGGAAGCGUGCUGUUGAUGAUUGCCGACCUCCGCCUCACGCACAACCUUGUGGACCAAUAUUCAUCCUGCCCCUCGAUCUACAGGACAGUAGAGUGCAUACGAAUGUAUACCUCGUUGCAGUUGUUUUGUCAGAUGAGUGUUACGUUUGCUUCUGCGUGUAAUACAACCAUGACAUUAAAACUACU